UUGCAUUUAGUGGCCGACAUCUUUUGUGAAUGCUGUGAUACGUACUUGGGGUGGAAGUAUGAGGAGGCUUUUGAACCCAGCCAAAAGUACAAGGAGGGCAAGUACAUAAUCGAGUUGGCCCAUCUGAUUAAGGACAAUGGCUGGAGGUGGUCGAUGCUUCCUCCGUGA